CCUUGACUGAUUUUUCACCUUUCACCUUGUUAUAAAGUCGCAGCUGACGGGGGAGUUGUCCAUUUUGUGUACGCGACACAGAUAAGGAACAUCAUGCAGAGUGUGAGGCGGUCCAGCAGUCUUAUCCAACAAGCGAAGUUGCUCCCCCGGGUGUCCUGGGCGCGGUCAGUGUGGACUGGACAGGAAGGCAUUCAGGAGGAUGAUCCUGAGAUCUAUAGCAUCAUCCAGAAGGAGAAGUUCAGACAGGCAAACGGUCUGGAGCUUAUUGCUUCAGAGAACUUUGCCAGUCGUGCUGUGCUGGAGGCGCUCGGGUCCUGUCUGAACAACAAGUACUCAGAGGGAUAUCCCGGAGCCAGGUACUAUGGAGGAAAUGAGAACAUCGACGUCAUAGAGAGGCUAUGUCAGAGCAGGGCUCUGGAGGCCUUCAGACUGGACCCAGCACGGUGGGGGGUCAACGUACAGCCUUAUUCCGGGAGUCCCGCCAACUUUGCCGCCUUCACAGCUUUGCUGGAACCUCAUGACAGGAUUAUGGGCCUUGAUCUACCAGAUGGUGGACAUCUCACCCAUGGCUUUAUGACAGAUACGAAGAGAGUUUCUGCCACUUCAAAGUACUUUGAGUCCAUGCCAUACAGAUUGAAUCCCCAGACUGGCAGAAUAGAUUACGACAAAUUGUUUGAAACUGCCAGACUUUUCCGACCCAGGGUUAUCAUUGCUGGCACAACAGCAUAUUCUCGAUUGCUAGACUACAAGGCUUUUAGACAGAUCUGUGAUGAGGUAAAGGCCCAUAUGUUGGCUGACAUGGCUCACAUCUCAGGCCUGGUGGCUGCUGACGUCAUACCGUCACCUUUUGAGUAUGCUGACGUUGUGACGUCAACAACGCACAAGACAUUGAGAGGACCCAGAUCCGGCCUGAUUUUUUACCGUAAAGGUGUCAAGUCAGUGGAUAAGAAGACGGGUAAAGAGAUCCUGUACGACUACGACAAGACGGUCAAUGGGGCUGUGUUCCCGGCUCUCCAGGGUGGGCCCCAUCAGCAUCAGGUCGCCGGUGUCGCCGUGGCCCUCAAGCAGGCCAUGCAGCCCGAGUACCGGGUCUACCAGCAGCAGGUGUUGAAGAACGCCAAGGUCAUGAGUCAGGCGCUAGUGGACAGGGGCUACUCCGUCGUCUCAGGAGGUACUGACAACCACUUGGUGUUGAUUGACCUUAAACCUAAGGGCACGGACGGAGCACGCGUUGAACGUGUGCUGGAGCUGUGUUUCAUCACCGUCAACAAGAACACGUGUGCUGGUGAUAAGAGUGCCAUGAUUCCAGGAGGUCUUCGGCUUGGAGCCCCAGCCUUGACAACUCGUGGUUUCAAAGAGUCAGACUUUGAGCAAGUGGUCGCUCUGUUGGAUAAGGGAGUUCAGCUCACUCUUGAGGCUCAGAAGACGACAAAAACAUUGAGGGAGUUCAAGGCAUUUGUCUUGGAAGACGACGAGACUCAGAAGAAAAUUGCAGCGCUGAAGGAAGAGGUUCAAAACUUUGCCAAGACUUUCUCAAUGCCGGGAUUUGAUAGCCGAUAAAAAGCUUCUGAAACCCACUUGUCUGCAAUACUGAAUGAAUCUUCAUGUGAGAGAUCUGAUAAUGCGUCUGACUGUGUCAUAGAAUAUAUCAAGGGAAAAUUAUAGAUUCUAGUUGUUGUUACAAGCAAUUCUUGUAUGACAAACCUCCAACAUUUUUUGGAGAAAUGAAAGUUUCUGUUGACAUAAUUAUUUUAGUCAAAUCCUGUAUCAACAUCUAUUUGAAAGCAGUUCUUGUUUUUUAAAAUUUGCUUAUAUCUUUUGCCCUAGCAAUCUGUGUACAUUCUAAAGUUGAAAAUGCUCUGCUCUUUGAUGCAGGUGGGCUUACGACUUACAGGUCUUUUAUUUGUUUUGUAAGGGGGGGGUUUUGUUGUUGUAAAUGCUUGACUCUCCCAAGCCCUGUGUGUUUUGGAAGUGGCCUGAUCAGUCUAAAUUAAACCAUCUACUUACUCUUUUUGCACGUGUAUGGUCCCCUAUACUUUUUGUACAAAAUAAAAAGAUUAAGAAGUCAAAUUCUAAAUUGAUUAUUUUUGAUGAUUUAACUCUUUCUGGACGUAUCGUCAAUAUUUCGGCACGAGUCCACACCCCUUACGGACGUAUCGCCCAUAUAUCGGCUAUGGUCGGACACGACAGUUUUGUUUCGUUUUUACUUGAUCCAUUAUUUAUAAGUUCUUUUUAUUGUUAUUGAAAACUUGGAAAGGGUUUAAGAAACCAAAACAUCUAGUUUCACUUUUUCAAAGCAUCAAUCUGGCGAAAAAUAAGUGAAUGAAUUAGUACUUGCGGUCUUGCAUCAACAAUGAGAUCUGACCGGACUCAGUAUAAAUAUCAUAACUCAAACAAAAA